CUCUGUGAAGCAUUUUUCAGCACACCUUUCAGAAAACAAUAUCUAGCAAAAAAAGAGAGAGAGGAAGAAUCUCAGAGUAAAUAUUACUCGACCAUCAUAUGAGCUUCUCCUACCAUCAUAACCAAAUCAUCCGACCACAGUGCUAGAUUCUAAACGUAGAAGGAACUCGCCAUGGAGAGCACCGAUUCUCCCGGUGGUCCUCCACCGCCGCCGCAGCCUAACCUUCCUCCAGGAUUCCGGUUUCACCCAACCGACGAAGAACUAGUCGUUCACUACCUUAAACCCAAAGCCGCCUCCGCUCCUUUACCUGUCGCCAUCAUUGCCGAAGUCAAUCUCUACAAAUUUGAUCCAUGGGAACUUCCAGCCAAGGCAUCGUUUGGUGAGCAGGAAUGGUACUUCUUCAGUCCUAGAGAUCGGAAGUAUCCGAACGGAGCUAGGCCGAACAGAGCGGCAACGUCAGGGUACUGGAAAGCGACGGGUACUGACAAACCGGUGCUAGCCUCUGACGGUAACCAAAAGGUCGGCGUGAAGAAGGCACUGGUCUUCUACAGGGGCAAACCUCCAAAAGGUAUUAAAAGUGAUUGGAUCAUGCAUGAGUAUCGUCUCAUAGACAACAAACCGAACAACAGACCACCAGGAUGUGACUUCGGCAACAAGAAAAACUCCCUCCGGCUUGAUGAUUGGGUGCUAUGUCGCAUCUACAAGAAGAACAACGCAGGUCGACAUGUGGAUAACGAUAAGGAUCAUGACAUGAUCGAUUACAUCUUCAGAAAGAUCCCUCCGUCGUUAUCAAUGGCGGCUGCUACCACCGGACUUCACCAUAAUGUCUCUAGGUCUAUGAACUUCUUCCCCGGCGGUUACGGAAUUUUCUCCGACGGCGAUCACGGUUUGUACAACGGAAGUGGCAUGAUCAACAACAACAUAGCCGUCUGCAGCAACGUUGCUGGCCCCGUUAAUAGUGAUCCUAACGCCGUCGGUAACUGUUUGAAUCCUGCUUCUUCCUCUGGACCGAUGAUGAUGGCGAACCUGAAACGAGCUCUUCCGGUGCCAUUUUGGCCUGCAGCGGUGGAAGAGCAUGAUGUAUCUCCGAGCAAACGCUUUCACGGCGGAGCAGGAGGAGGAGACUGUUCAAACAUGUCUUCUUCAAUGAUGGAAGAGACACCACCGUUGAUGCAACAACAAGGUGGUGUGUUAGGAGAUGAGUUAACGACGUCGUAUCAGUUACCUGGUUUAAACUGGUACGCCUCUUAAAUCGAUCUGUGUGUUCGCCGCCGGUGUGAAAAAAAUUUCCGGUGACAGUGACGAAUUGCAGUGUACGAAUUUUAUGAUUGGUGGGGCCAUUUGCAUUGUGUAAUUUGAGAUUUGUGUAUAUAUUUUGGGUUAAUUAGGGGAUUUAGAGAGGGGGAGAUGUGAGGCAAAGGAUCAUACACAAACAUAGGAUUAUUGAAAGAGUAUACUGUUUUCUCAAUUUAAAUGUUGAAAUGUAAAAAUACACAUACGUAGGUGUUUAAAUAUAGAUUGUGUAGAUGGAUAUAGUAAUCUCAA